AUGCUGUUAUUACCUUUGAUGAAUAUUAACAGAUUCACAAUCCUUCAUCAACAACAAAGACGGUUCAUAUUUCAAACAUUACCUGCUUCACGUCGUCUUUAUGACAUUUUGGAAAUACCCUUAGAUGCCGAUAAAAAAUUAGUCAAGUCACAACCGAAUGUUAGAAAACAUACACAUCAUAAUUUUCAUGAAUCUAAUUUUAGAAGAACUUCACGUACUGAUGAUACUCAUAAAACUAAUAAUAGUAAUACAUCAUCAUCGUCAUCAAAAGAUUUUAAAAAUAAAUUUAAUUUUCAAGAACAUUAUCAAAGACAUUAUAGUGAGGAAUUGAGAAGAGCAAAUUCAGAAUCUAGUAAAGAAAAAAAUCAAUCUUUGGAAAAUCAAUUAAAAAGUAGUCAUGGUAGAACUGUAUUAAGAAUUGUUUUAAUAGUUAGCACUCUAGUAUUAUUCGGAAGCAGUGGAGGAGGAAUCAUGAUUUAA